AAGCCAAUAAUAAGUGUGGCAAUGCAUCAGAGACGGCAAGGAUUUUUGUACAGUAUAUGCCAGAAAUUACAUCCAUUUCUGAUAACAAGACACUGGUUAAAGGUGACAGUGUGAGUCUGAACUGCACAGCAGAUGGUUAUCCAACACCAAACAUUACCUGGACAAAAGUUUCUGACAACAGUCCUGUGUCCUUCCCUUUGACAAUCACCGGUAAAGAGAACGAGGGGCUGUACAGAUGUACUGCAGACAAUGGUAUUGGAAGUACCGUGACUGAAGAUGUCACUAUCACUGUGCAUUUCCCGACAUCAAUUGAACCUUUGAAGAACAAGACUGACGUAAAAAAUGGUGGAAAUGUCACUCUGUACUGUAAUGUAUCUGGGACACCAACUCCACAUGUUUCUUGGACUCAUGUCAGCACAGAUAAGAAAUGGUUCAGUAAAACAUGGGUUAUACUUAACGUCAAGGUAGGCGACCUUGGAAAGUACAAAUGUGAAGCAAGUAACCCCUAUGGAAAUGCCACUGAAACGACUUUUAUAUUUUUUCCAGGUGGAUUGUGUGCGGAAAGAUGUUCUGGUGGGAAAUCCUGUCGUCAGUUUGGACAAUAUCUCUGUCUUUGUGAAAAGGGAAAGACAGGAAGAAAUUGUGAAGAACAGGGUAUGUUAUCUAAAUUCUUUAGUUCUUAUGGAGUUUUUAUUGAAUUCAAAUGCUCACAAAACUGAUACACAAGUUUAUUCAUGUAUGUUUGACAGU